AUGCAAGAGUUUUAAGUUGUAGAUGCUAAGAUGGUUAAAUUAGAUAAAAAAGGAAAUAGAAUAAAGAUUGAUAAAAAUGCAUUCAUUCCAUUUGAUUAUUUAAUAAUUAAUGUUGGUUUGAUUGAUACAGAAUUGUAAUCAAGAGAAAAGUGAGUUUUGGAUUAUCUAAAUCUCCAUUUUACAAAAUACUCAAUUUAUUAAUGGACUUUAUAGCAUUGAUGAUCCUUAUUUGUAUUAGCAUUUUAAGAGAACUGGAUUUAAAAAUAAUAAUAUUGAUUUAUUAACAAGAAAGAAGAAACCAUAAAAUAUUGCAAUUUAUGGAAACACUCUUUCUACAAUAACAUUUAUGAAUGGGUUGCUUAAUAGAGGAGUACAUCCUUCUCGUAUUCAUUAUGUAAUACCACCAAAGACUUUUAAAAAAAUAGACAAAAUUUGA